UCUAGCGUCAUGCAACAACCAGAAGAAGGAGUGGUCUCUGUCGAAAAGACCACUGAGAACGUGGUUGCACCAGAUCCACCUGAUGAGAAGUCACAUCCAAGCUUCGAUUCCGGCUCGACUUUGGAUCACGCAAAGGACGAGUCUAAGGCUCCCAUUUCGAUAGAUGAGGAUGCGCUCUAUGCGCAUCUCCCUGAACAUGAAAAAGAGAUCUUGAAACGCCAACUAGAUUCCCCUCCAGUCAAGGUCUCUUUCUUAGGUCUAUAUCGAUAUGCCUCCCGCAUGGAUAUCCUGAUCCUGGUGGUCAGCGCCAUUUGCGCCGCCGCCGCCGGUGCUGCCCUGCCCCUCUUCACCAUUCUCUUCGGUUCUUUGACCACCUCUUUCCAACAAAUCGAGCUGGGAACUAUCCCAUAUCACGAAUUCUAUCAGGAGCUGACCAAGAACGUGUUGUAUUUUGUAUACCUCGGCAUUGGUGAAUUUGUCACUGUCUAUAUCAGCACCGUCGGCUUUAUCUACACUGGCGAACAUGUCACCCAGAAGAUUCGAGAGCACUACCUAGAAGCCAUCCUGCGCCAGAAUAUCGCCUAUUUCGAUAAGCUCGGCGCUGGGGAAGUCACUACCCGUAUUACUGCGGACACGAAUUUAAUUCAGGAUGGUAUCUCCGAAAAGGUCGGCCUGACUUUGACCGCUGUGGCGACUUUCAUCACGGCCUUCAUCGUGGCUUAUAUCAAAUAUGCGCGCCUGGCUGGUAUUUGUACCUCCACUAUUGUUGCCCUCGUGGUGAUCAUGGGUGGCGGAUCUCGAUUUAUCAUCAAAUACAGCAAAUUCUCUCUGGAAAGCUAUGGUGCAGGUGGUACUGUGGCCGAAGAGGUCAUCAGCUCGAUCCGAAAUGCGACCGCCUUUGGCACCCAGGAUAAGCUUGCGAAGCAGUACGAGGCUCACCUGCGAACGGCUGAGCGCUGGGGCAUGCGCCUGCAAAUGGCGCUCGGUAUCAUGGUCGGUGCCAUGUUCGGCAUCAUGUUCCUAAACUACGGUCUUGGCUUUUGGAUGGGCUCGCGCUAUUUGGUCGAGGGCAAGGUUAAUGUCGGCCAAGUCCUGACUAUUCUCAUGGCCAUCCUUAUUGGUUCUUUCAGUCUAGGUAAUGUGAGCCCCAACGGCCAGGCCUUCACCAGCGCUGUGGCUGCGGCUUCCAAGAUCUUUUCGACCAUUGACCGCGAGUCACCUAUUGAUCCUACUUCCGAAGAAGGUAUAAUUCUCGACCACGUCGAGGGUGAUAUCAAGUUUACCAAUGUCAAGCAUAUCUAUCCCUCUCGUCCCGAAGUGACUGUUAUGGAAGACGUCACUCUGUCUAUCCCUGCUGGUAAGACCACCGCUCUCGUUGGACCUUCUGGUUCGGGUAAGAGUACUGUCGUCGGUCUGGUGGAGCGUUUCUAUAUGCCUGUCAGUGGCACUGUCUACUUGGACGGCCACGAUAUUCAAACUCUGAAUCUCAGAUGGUUGCGCCAGCAAAUAUCCCUUGUUAGCCAAGAACCUAUUCUUUUCGGAACUACCAUCUACAAGAACAUCCGUCACGGUCUUAUUGGCACCCACUUCGAACAUGAGUCAGAGGAAAAGAUCAAGGAGCUCAUUGAAAACGCCGCCAAGAUGGCCAACGCUCACGAAUUCAUCAAUGGUCUUCCGGAAGGUUACGAGACUAAUGUCGGUCAGCGCGGUUUCUUGUUGUCCGGUGGCCAGAAGCAGCGUAUCGCAAUCGCCCGUGCCAUUGUUUCUGACCCGAAGAUUCUGCUGCUAGACGAAGCCACCUCCGCCCUUGACACCAAGUCCGAGGGUGUGGUCCAAGCUGCUCUUGAUCGUGCUGCCGAAGGCCGUACUACCAUUGUUAUUGCUCACCGUUUGUCAACUAUCAAGAAUGCCCACAACAUCGUCGUCUUUGUCAACGGCCAAAUCGUUGAGCAAGGUACCCACGACAUCUUGCUGGAACACGCCGGUCCCUACUCCAACCUCGUUGAAGCUCAGCGCAUCAACGAAGAAAAGGAAGCUGACGCUAUGGAGGAUGAGGAGUUUUCUGACGACGAAUCGGUGGACAAGGAAAAUACUACUAGAGUGAAGUCCUUUACUAGUGGCUCUUCUAUUCGUCAGGUAGAGUAUGAAGAGGGAGACAGUGCUUUCCCCCAGGAGAUGCGUCGCUCCGACACCCGCAAGUCUGUUUCCAGCGUCGUUCUGUCCAAGCGCGGACCGGAUGCUACUCCCAAGUAUUCGCUGUGGACUUUGAUCAAGUUUAUUGCCUCCUUCAAUAAAGAGGAGUGGAAGUAUCUUGUUGUCGGUUUGUGUUUCUCCUGUCUCGCCGGUGGUGGUCAGCCUACCCAGGCCUUCCUCUAUGCCAAGGCCAUCAGCGCACUUUCUCUGCCCGCAUCGCAGUACCAAAAGCUUCGGUCUGAUGCCGACUUUUGGUCACUCAUGUUUUUGGUCGUUGGUAUCGUUCAGUUCAUAACCUUCUCUUGCCACGGUGUCGCCUUCGCCUUCUGCUCCGAGCGACUCAUUCGCAAGGCUCGCAGCCAGGCAUUCCGCACCAUGCUCCGACAGGACAUCAACUUCUUCGACAAGGAAGAGAACAGCACUGGUGCUUUGACUUCUUUCCUCUCCACAGAAACCAAGCACUUGUCCGGUAUCAGUGGCCAGACUCUUGGCACAAUUUUCAUGACCUCAACCACUCUGCUCGCCUCGAUCAUAAUUGCUCUAUGCUUCGGCUGGAAGCUGGCUUUGGUCUGCAUAUCUGUCAUUCCUGUCCUUCUAGGAUGCGGUUUCUAUCGAUUCUACAUGCUUGCUGCCUUCCAGCGCCGGUCCAAGGUGGCAUAUGAGGGAUCUGCCGGCUACGCCUGUGAGGCAACCUCGGCUAUCCGCACUGUUGCCUCACUUACCCGUGAGUCGGAUGUGUGGAGCAUCUACCACUCCCAGCUGGAUGAACAGGCCCACGUCAGUCUGAUCUCAGUCACCAAGUCCUCCGUUCUUUACGCUGCCUCCCAGGCCUGCGUCUUCUUUUGCGUUGCUCUUGGCUUCUGGUAUGGUGGUUCAUUGCUUGGCAAGGGAGAGUACGACACAUUCCGAUUUUUCGUCUGCUUCAGCGAGAUCCUGUUCGGGGCCCAGUCCGCCGGAACGGUCUUCUCCUUCUCACCCGAUAUGGGCAAGGCCAAGAACGCUGCGUCCGAGUUCCGGAAGCUUUUCGACCGCCGCCCGACUAUCGACACCUGGUCUGAAGAUGGUGAGACUAUUGAACAGGUGGAUGGCUCCAUUGAGUUCCGCGACGUGCACUUCCGCUACCCGACCCGCCCUGAACAGCCCGUCCUCCGUGGAUUGAACCUGAGCGUUCGUCCCGGUCAGUACAUCGCCCUGGUUGGACCCAGUGGAUGCGGUAAGAGUACCACCAUUGCCCUCCUCGAACGCUUCUACGAUGCCUUGUCUGGCGGAAUCUUUGUUGACGGCAAGAACAUCGCCGAUCUCAACGUCAACUCCUACCGUAGCCACCUGGCACUGGUCAGCCAAGAACCGACCCUGUACCAGGGCACAGUCAAAGAGAAUAUUCUCCUCGGUAUUGCCGGUGACGAUGUGGCAGAGGAGCAUCUGUUAAAGGCAUGCAAGGAUGCCAAUAUCUAUGACUUCAUCAUGUCCCUCCCUGACGGCUUCAACACAACAGUCGGUAACAAGGGCGGCAUGUUGUCCGGCGGUCAAAAGCAGCGUAUCGCUAUCGCCCGCGCUCUCCUCCGCAACCCGAAGAUCCUCCUUCUCGAUGAAGCAACCUCGGCCCUAGACUCUGAGUCCGAAAAGGUUGUACAGGCUGCCCUCGACGCUGCAGCGCGUGGUCGCACAACUAUUGCCGUCGCACAUCGUCUCAGCACGAUCCAAAAGGCUGACAUCAUCUAUGUCUUUGACCAAGGCAAGAUCGUCGAGAGCGGCUCACACAGCGAACUCAUUCGCAAGAAGGGUCGUUACUACGAGCUUGUCAACCUGCAAGGUCUUGGCAAGAGCAGCUGA